UACAAAACCUUUCUUAUUACAAACCAUUCCACCCCAACCCUCUUCCAUGGAAAACCACAAGCACCAAAAAACUAACUCUAAAGACAUUUUCUCCUUCCCUAGCACUCCAACAAGUCAAGACCAAGAUUCCGAUUUCGAAUUCGGAUCUUUAACACCGGAUUCUCCUUCCGGUGCUGGAGAUCCAUACAAUUCUUCACCUGCUGACCGUCUUUUCUACAAUGGCCGUCUUCUGCCUCAUUCUUUUCCACUUCCUCAUGAUAACCAACAACAACAACCUGGUUCAACGGUUUUAACUGACAGAAUCUCUCGCGCUUCUAGCAGAACCAGCAGUGUCAGCAGCAAGGAUUCGUUAAUGUCAUCAAGAAGUAAUAGCGUCAAUAGCAGAAGCAGUGUUAGCUCAAGAACGAGUUGCAGUAGCAGUAGUAGUGAUAAUCAUUAUGACAGAAAGUUAUUAUAUUACAAUUAUAACAAAAAAGGUAUGACUAGAUCAUCUUCUUCCUCCUCUUCAUCUAUGGCUAGCAAAGUUGUCAUGGCACAACUGUAUGGAUCUUCUCAACGGUGGCAACAUAUUAUGCCUGUGACGACGCCGUAUUUGAAAAGAGAGGAUUCAAGAAAGAAAAAUAAUGAUAAUGGUGGUGGGUUCUUGGUUAAAAAGCAAGAAUUGAUGAGAAAUAACAAGAAAGAAGGUGAUAAGAAAGCUAAGAAAUUUGGGGCUUGCAAGAGUUUCUUUAGGUCUUUUUUGGUGGCAUGUAGAGAAUGUCAUGCCAUGGCACCGUCAAGAGAAGAUGAUGAUAUAAUAUUGGAGAGAAAUGUGAAGUUAUAAAUAAUAAUAAUUGUGGGUAUAAUUUUUUUUUUUUUUUAAUUUGUGUGAAGAUCGUCAAGACUAAUUCUCCAAAGAAAGAAAAAACAGCUUUCUUGUGGUUUGAUUUAAAAUUCGAGUUUGCUCACCAAUUUUUUUAUUACAGAGCCUUUUCUUUGGUUUUUUUUUUUUCCUUUGAGGAAAUUUAUUUUGCAUAUGAUUUUAUUGGAAUUAUUAUGUGUAAAUCUGUUAUUAUCAAAAUUGUAGAACUCCUAGAGGUUCCCGUCAGUUGGUUUCAAAUCUUACUGAAUGAAGUAAACAGAAAAAACAAAUUUUUUUGCAUAGAAAAAAUAAAAUGAACCGCAAUGUCUGUAGAACUGAAUCAAAACUGAACUGAUUUGGCUAAACGAAUAAAAGUUAUUCCCAGUGCAGGCAAAUUAAUGAUUUUGCAUUAUAAACUGAAUGAUUCAAUUUUUGUAUUUUUACUUGCUUUUUGAAUUAAAUCAGUUUAGUUUUAAAAUUUUUUUUCACUUUUCUACUAAAAUCAAAAUCAAACCAAAACCGAUUUGAUCCACUUUACCUAUUAUAACCUAUCCCCAGAACUGCUCUAAUAUUUUUC